AUGUCAGCAUCGUCAGGAUUUUCCGCUCGGAAAAGAGAAGAUGAUUUCAAUGUAAAGUUUAUUAAAUGUGUUGAGAAAUAUCCAUGUCUGUACGAUUCCAAUCAUUCAGAAUAUUAUAUGAAAAAUAAAGUAAAUGAAACAUGGUUAAAAAUUGCUAAUGAAGUAGGUGAUAGUGAAAGGAACUGCAGAGCUCGGUGGCAAAAUAUACGUACAGCAUUUGGGCGAUGUGUGCGUGGAAUGGAUGAACAAAGGAAAUUAGGAACAUCAAAUUCCAGAAGCCCAUACUACCUUGCAGAUUUACUUCAUUUCUUGUUACCUCACUUACAUAAAAGAAAACGAGGUUUGAAUGAGCGAAAUAUGGAUAUGCUUUUUGUUGAGGGUACUUAUGAGGAAGUACCUUCGGAAGCAGAUCCAGUGGGAUACCAAAAUCUUCCUGUGAAACUAGAAGAAAGCAAUGAAUGCUUUCCUGUAGGAGAAUUCCAAUCCAAUGGUUUUGAAGAGACUGGUACCCAAACCAACACCAAAUGUGUCUGCGGUUGUGAAUGCCGGUGGUCCGAGAGAGACAGAAUUGAAGGAGAUUCAGACAGAUGCUUCUUACUUGGAGUGCUGCCCGAUUUACAAACUCUUUCCCCUAAAUACAAAAGGCUUUUUCGGAAAGAAAUGACAAAGUUAUUGGAUGAACUUCAUGAUAAACAAUCAAAUGAUCAGUGAUAUAUUUUCAGUUUAUUUGUCUUGUACAAGUUUAACCAGACAUGUCCUUGGUGCACUGAAAAUUCAUAUACAGUGUAUAUUCUCUUAGUAAAACAACUGGCUGGGUUGUACUCCUUUUCCUGGAAUUGGAUGUACAAUUUGCAUCACUGGGUACUUAUCCUAGACUUAUUUGUGCAUAGGACAUACUUCCAAGAAAUGAAACACACUUUAAACAGUCUUUAAAAUAUUUCCAGUCAAUGAUUGAUGUCCAACAUAGGAGAAUUUUAUUGUAGCUAUUUUUCAGGUCUUUUGAUGAAUCUUCUCUUUUAAUAAGUUAUGCAAAAUAUAAGGGCAGAAUACUGAAGAUCUAUACUUUUCAUUUUCAUAAACCCAAUGAAAACACUUAUUGAUAAUUGAGAUAGUAAACUUGUUCAUGAUAAAAAUAAAGUCACUGAGGUCACAAACUGCUUUGAAAUGAGAGUGGUUUCUUAGAUCUCUGUAUUCUAUGGUAUGAAUAAUGUUGUAGCUCCAUCUUUCUCAAUCCAGUUACACAAUUAAUUAAAAGACAAAGCUUGAUCUGAUUCACUAGAACAUUUCAGUUUUUAUCGAUUUUCCUUGCAAUACUUUGCAACAAAUGCUGAAAUAAUUUCUGUCUGCUAUACAGUUGAUUUGUUCGGCACAAAUAAAAGUUUAAAACAUCUAAAUUCGUUCUUGUGUUAUAAGUUACUGCUAAACCACCCAACAUGUCUCUGACUGCAUGCCAUAUUGUAUUAAAAGAUAUGGAUCUUGACUUCAUUCUUGUUGAGUAGAGUUACAAUAGUAAAUGUGACUUUAUAAGUAGCAAGUGGUGUUUAAUAUGUGCUGCCAAAACAAUAUUUUAAAUUUUUAGUUCUGGUAAGAAGACCUGAUGAGGAUUUUGAAUGUGGUUAGGACCUGAAGAGGCUAGUUUUGUUUCAGCUACUUAUCAGAAGACAGAGAGUGACUUGUAAUUUUUGGUUUGUAACAUUAGAUAGUGUCAAGUUUAUGCUACCUCCCCUUACAGAUCCAAACUCAACUACACAAUAAGACAUGGUGUAUUUGGUUUAACCACAUACUAACACUUCGAGAUUUGAUUAAAAUCACAUUUGUUUUACUAAAAAGUAAAAAUCUUUGAGAUCAAUAAGGUUCAGAACAGGAGUUGCUUAAGUGGGAUCAUAGAGCUUUUAGUAUUCACAAAUGUUUAAAGCAGGAAUUUUCAGGAAUGAAGAUGCACAUGUAUUGGGAUAUAGACUGUGUGGGUGUUUAAGAUAUACAUUCUCCUUCUUCAGUCUCCCAAACUGUUAACACCAACUGCUUGUUAUAUAACUAACUGAGCUUUGAUAGGCUCAAAUAGUUCUGAAAUAUUUUUUUUCUCACUAACAGCACACUUCAGUAGCUUAUUAAGUAAUUUUAUAAAUGCACAAUUUAUUUGAGUUGAACAUUCAUUUCCAUUAGUGAAGUUAUGUGAUGUAAUUACAUGAUCUCUGAUGAAUACACACUUGAUGCUUCAGCAUUGUUUCCUAAAAUUAAUCACUGGAGAUAAGUAAUGGUACAAAUAUUUUGAAGAAAGCUACUAAUUGUUUUGCAUAAUACUGAAGAAAAUAAGAAUUCUGGAGUUUAUAUUACUAGAACAGUUCUGUUAUAUGAUAUGGGUAAUGCAUCAUAUUUCUUUGAUAAUUGUUGAUGUUGAACACCCAAGUUUAUUUUCAAUAAUAUAAUUAAUUACAUAAGCAGGAAUAAAUACAUAAUACAAGA